UUCUAUUCGCUCACCGCUCUCUCAUCCUCUGUGCAGCCCGUGUCUCUGCCUACUCCUGUGCGUAAGAGCGCGCCGUGGACAUGUAAAGUGAUGCGCUCUUGAAAAACGCGAAACCCGCGCCUGCGGAAAUCUUUCUGGGAAAAAAAAAGACGCGCGACAAAGAGCAGCGUCGAGGAGCAGUUCCGUUUCUGUUUCAUCUGUUUCUACUGCUCCAUUUUUUUCUAGAUGAUGAAAAACAUUAUUAAAGAUGCUCAUCAGCGCGGAUGACGGUGCCCUGCUAUUUGGAUGUACGUGUUGGGACUUUUCAGCGUAUCAUGACCUUGCGCCCUUUUUCCUCUCUCCAAGUCUUUUCGUUUGCGCGUGAAGUUGCACGGAGGACGAAGCACAAUGCGAGGGAAAUACUUUCUCCUCUGCUUCUUGUUGCUCCAACUUAUGGCUCUCGUGUGCAAGGCUGACGGCGAGCCGGGACUGCUCGGCGGAUUCGUCAUGAUCGCCACCUCCAACGGCUCCAGAGAGGAGGAGAGCGCGUCGGAGGAGACCCCGCACACGGAGGACAAAUGUCGCGGCUACUACGACGUAAUGGGCCAGUGGGACCCGCCGUUCAUCUGCAAAACCGGCAGUUAUUUGUACUGCUGCGGCACCUGUGGCUUCCGCUUCUGCUGCGGCUACAAGGACUCGCGUCUGGACCAGAGCACCUGUAAAAAUUACGACACCCCCGUUUGGAUGAAGACCGGACAGACGCCCUACAACAAAAUGAACAAGAUGCACGACAGCACCAAAGACAAGACGAACUUAAUUGUUUACAUCAUAUGUGGAGUAGUGGCCAUUAUGGCUCUCGUGGGGAUUUUCACUAAGCUGGGGCUGGAAAAGGCGCACCGGCCCCAGAGGGAGAACAUGUCCAGGGCCGUCGCCAGCGUGCUGCAGGGCGGCUGUCCAGGGGAGCAGUAUCGCGGUGAAGAGGCCCUGGGGAUGCACUCGCAGCACUUUGUUUCCAGGGCUACAAACCUCCAGGGAGGCGCCAUCAACAACAACGUGGGGCCGGUCACAAACAUGGGCCAGCAGCAUCCCUACCCUGCCCUCAGCCAGCUGGCUCACAUCUAUGAGCAGCAGCAGCAUCAGCAGCAACAACAUCACCAUCAGCAGCAGCAGCAGCAGCAGCAGCAGCAGCAGCAGCAGCUGCAACAGCUACAGCAACAGAACAAGGAUCUCAACAAAUACGCCUCCCUGAAGGCUGUGGCUUCCAAGUACAACGGUGAACUCUACAACAAGCGUCGACUGAUGGUGGAGCUGCCGACAAAAGGCGGCCUUCCUCUCCAGCCGAUGGGCAACUCGAGACCCUCCAUGGGAAACAUGUCGUCGGUCGCUUCGGCGAUGACUGCCAACGCCAUGGCUUCAAACCCCAUGACCUCCAACACCAUGAACCAGAUGACCUCACUGAACGCGAUGACAUCCAUGACACCCAUGACGUCACUGACACCCAUGACGUCACUGACACACAUGACGUCAAUGACACCUAUGACUUCAAUGACUCCUAUGACUUCCCUCAAUCCAAUGACCUCCAUGACCCCAAUGACCUCCAUGACCCCAAUGACCUCCAUGACUCCAAUGACGUCCCUGGGCCCGCUGACACCAGAACCAGUGGCCACCUAUGUCACAGAGAUGCCCAGCAUCUCCUCCAUCUCAACUCUCCCGACAGAACGGCACAUUUCAGUUGGAGGAGGAGGGUCACUCAAGCCGAACGGCCAGAAACCCAAAGUGAGCCACGGCCUUACUCUCCACAGCUCCCACAGCUCUCACAGCUCCUACACCCACGCUCACAGUCACAGUAGCAAGCCACCAGGACUCGGGGCCACCUCCCUGGCUCACAUGGUGGGGACCAUGCCCGGCGGCACCUCCCUGGGCAUCUCCAGGGCUGCCGAGGCUGCCAUGAGCUCCCGCUCAGCUACCAUGGGCCGCCCGUUAGCCUACAGCUCCAACACGAUUGCGACUGAGACAGUGAGCCGGAGGAAGGCCUACGGGCCCAAGAGGCCUCAGUGUACCGUGCUGGAGCCCAACCAGCUCCACGGCACCAGGGUCCACAGUCACAGCCAGCACUUCCUCCCAACACAGCCCUACUUUGUGACCAACAGCAAAACAGAGGUGACUGUGUGAACGAGGAGAACGGGAAGGAACGGAGGGGGCAAAGGAUUGCAUGUGGAGUGGGGGCACAAGUAAUCUGUGAGCGGAGACACCAACUACAGCAGUGGUUCAAGGUGCAGACCUGCGUGUGACUGUGGAGGCUCGUUGCUAUAUUGUGAGUAUUGUGUUGGGACAGUGACAGUGUCUGAGUGGCCCUCGUUGAACAAUCAGAGAGUCCACCAAUCAAAUCACUUAAUGGACUUAUAUUGCCAAGAGGAUGAUGUGGUUUGAGCACUUGUGGUGAUAUUAGCGUUGCCUCACAUCUAAUAUCUGGUCUUAAUGAUGAUAAUAACUGAGCAACUACGCAGGCGACAGGGUGGUAAUAAAACAGACCAAACCUCAGAAGCAAUAUAAAGGAUCAGGAGUGGAGCACUGAAGCAUGCUGGGAGCACAUACUGUAAGUACAGGAAGCGUGUCCGCACACGGGGAGUUCGCUGCUCACUUGGACGUUUUCCCCCGUGAACCCACUGAGGGCUUUGAAAGCGGCAGACGGGGGCUCCGGACCGCCGUCACGGACGGACUUUGCGGCGGCGCUCCUCGGAAGCGCCCCCAGAGGCUCCGAGGGGGUGGAGGGCGUCGGCGCCGGCGGCGUCCCGCCCCGAUCCCGUCGGCGUGGCGACGGCGGGGCCCGGAGGCGGGACGAGAAGGCGCCUGAGUGAUGCUGCGGCAGGAACACGCUCCUCCGAGCACCAACGUAAUACAGAAACAUUCCCAAAUAUGCACAUGCAGACGCACACACACAAACAUAUAUCGCAAACCUAGCAUAUAUUGGCACAUGUUUAUUUAAAGGAUGACACAAUAAUUAAUAUCGACUGGUACUUAUGUUUAUCUUACAUUUUAAUUCAGAUUUUAAAGGGCACCUAAAAUAACAAAAUCUAAAUUAUGGACAGUUUUUCUUUUAUGCACACGGCUGCUUCCAUCUAUUAACACGCAGCAACUAAAAAGGCCGUGCUUGUUGUGGACUGUAGGACUUAUUCAAGAAAGUGUGUUUUAAUGUAUUAUUAGUUCAGCAGCAGGUAAAAUGCGGGUCAGUUGAGCAACUACGUGGCUGAAAUCACCCGCGUUGAAUGUGAGCGCCGGCUUCUCCGGGUUCGAGUCACGCGGGUGUUGAGAACCUGCUGUGAGUCGUGAAGAAACCGGGGACACAAACACAAUGGAACACGCUGCCGCACAAAACCAGGCUUGAUUAGAUCACUCCAUGUUCUCAUGCUCCAGCUUUAAAAAGCAUCACUAUCAGUGGGAAAGAGGAGACACUAUCUGGGUCACAUGACUCAAACCUGAAACUAAAUGCUGAAGUCUGACAAAUAGGCCAAAUUUUCUGAGAGCUUCUCAGCGUGUCGGCUCCUUUUGUGCUGGUGUGAUGCUUUUUAGCAGCUGCAGCCACUGUGAUGAUGCUGACCCUUUUAUCUCAAAUUCUGGCUCCUUGUCUUUAAGACCCUCCUUACAUUUGCAAUCAGAGAGUAAGGAACGCACCCAAAGACCCGGCGGGAACAGCCUGUUUUCGGCCGGCGCGAAGCCGUGGUCGUCGGAAUCACACCAACAAAGGAACACUGUCUGUGGACAGAGAACAAGCAUAAAAAAAAACAAAAACGUGUUAAUUCUCCAUUUGAAAUCAUGUAAAUAUAAGAGAGCGGAAUGAAAGAACAAGAUAUUGGAUUAUUGGGACACGUUCCGCUGCUGCCGCCACCAGCAGUGCUGUAGUCGCUGAAGAUAAACAGACCUCCACUCCAUCUGAGGUGCGAAAAGGAGGAUUAAUCCGAUUUGGAAAGUAAAUAAAUAGAACAUAUGAAGCAACUAAGCCAGUUAAGGGAGGGGUGAGUCUGGGGACGCUCUAUUUAUAGCUCGCGCUGUGGAAGCCCCGCGUCUUCAGGGUCACGUCACUGGAAACCCUGAAACUAAACUGAUUGCGGUGGAACGGGAUUAAAGAAGUCAUCAAAGCUCAGAAAUGUUUCGCACACGCACCUACAGACUCGCACGCACGCGCACACACACACACACACACACACACACACACACACACACACACACACACACACGCGCGCGCGCUCCUCCCGCUCCCACCACGUUGAGCAGCAGGCGUCGUCAAAACAGAGAGACACAGAGUCAGUACUCGUACUGUUACUGCGCCAGUUCUACACGAAAGACUGUGAAACUCCAGACCUUGGCCCUUUGUAGCGAAAAACGACAUUAUGCUAUUUUAUAUAUAUAAAUAGACAUAGCCUUUCUCUUUGAAUCUCUAUCUUUUUGUCCUUUCUGCUUAUACCGUACUUUUGAACUGUUCCUCUUUGCUCCCUCCACGUCUGAAGGAAAAUCAUUCGGAUCUGUGAAAUCGAAAGUGUGUGUGUGUGUGUGUGUGUGUGUGUGUGUGUGUGUGUGUGUGUGUGUGUGUGUGUGUGUGUGUGCGUGCGUGCGUGCGUGCGUGCGUGCGUGUGCGUGUGGCAGUGGAGUACAAUCACGUGAAUAAUGAUUCACCCCCACUUUAAAGGCAUGACUUCGUUAUAGCAGGAAACACACGGCGAGUGAUCGAUCAUACCUUUACGUGUCCUCUUGAACACUUUCACUCUUGGAACGUGGGCGCGUGCGCUACAGUAUGUGUGCGCGAAGCCGACGUUAGCAUAUGAUCAUCGUCUCGGAAAAAGUCAAAACUCCACCAAGCAAACCAAACAAAGCAAAUCAUAUAUAAAUUGAGUUUGCAAUCCCAUAAACCAGUUUGCCUUCGGUGAUAAUCCUCCGCACAUUUUCUUGUUUUUUCCUCCCGUCCUUGUAUUUAUUCCUUCCUUCCCAUGACAGCUGGUGGUUUUGUUUUGUGGCACAGUUGAGAAGCGGGUCAAUGUUUGUUUAGGAUGUGCGUUAUCAGACCCAAUUGGCUUAAUCCAGCAAGGCGGAAAUGCCUCCUCGCCGCAGCCGUACUGCUGCAUCCUUAAAGCCCAUUCAGCUCUGCAGAGGCAGUCGCUGGAACAAUCGGUGAGCAGGCGGAGACAGUUGGCCAACGACAAAACCCUCAUCCGUCACCGCAGCAGACGAGACAAACCUGCGAGGAAGCGGGGAGUCGGCGGCGCCGGCCGGGUUGCAGUUGAUAGGGUCCACAGAUCAGUGAGUUCGGGAGGCAGUAAUGGUGAAAAAACGAGACAUGAAUGGGAAAUGAUUCAUUAUCAUUACAGGAGCCUCUCGUCUUCAGUUAAAGGGUGCGGGAUGAUCAAUUAAAAGCCACAGAACAUGAUGAGAUCCACAUUUGAGCUUAAAAAGUAAUAAAUCAUUUCAAUAAAUCAUAAAUCACCAGGCAACGAAGGAAGCUGCCAAUCAGUCAGUAAAUCCUGUCACAAACUGAUUCUUAAGCUGUCACAACUAGAAGCUGGCACAUAGACAGAGACAGACAAGCACUCAGUCACUCGCUGCUUUAGUUUAUUCAGUCUCCAGUUACCCUGCAGGUACGGAUACUGGAACCCAGUGGCUUUAUUACAUUGUACCAGUCAACAAUCACUAAUCUGCUCCUCCCAGCAUUUCAACCUGGGUGUCAGCUGUAGUUUUAUGCCUGCAUCACCUGAGCCACAGUAACGCCACAUUACUCAAAUCCCAUCAUUACCACCGUUGUGCUCUCAUUCUCAAAACCCAAAUAUCUGAAUAAUUGUUCGAGCUAAAUAUUGAAUUGGGGAAUUAGCUCUCCCGCUCGCGUUGUGGCAGAGGCUGCUGAGGUGUCAGAUUAACGGCGGCGCCGACACAAAGGCAAGCACAGAUUCGGAUUUUAACGAAAUGUCACAAAGCGAGACGGAGGAGGAAAACACCUUUCCGACGGGCGCGCCCACUCGCACGCAAAACACACAGGUAGCAAUAACAAAACGGAGUAUUACAGACGCUCAGACUCCCAGCAGCCCACACACGCAGGCUUUAAACAGAACACGGCAGGUGACGGGGAGGAGGGUUCCACGGCCUUCCUCCUCUGGAGACCCCCUGCUGCACCAAUGCACAUCUGGCAGAACAGAGAAUUUCCCAAGAGGAGGAGGGGGGGCAGGUUUUAUAUGUCUCUCCGUCCACUUGUCAACGCCUCAUAUGGAGGAUCUGAGUUAUUGAUUUAGCUAAAUGUUGGCGUUCCUCUGUAAGUGGGUGUUUGAGGCCUGUGAAUCUGAUGACUGCCGGCUUCCACACAGUCACGCGCCCGACAAAAGCCACUGUCCUCGCGCGUUCGCGUUCGCGUUGCUACGCUACUUUCAUUCACCGCCGGAUCGUUAUCCAUGCGCGCCGGGACACACAGUACAGUACGAUUGUCCGAUUUUGGGGUAUUUGUGAACAUCCCAUAAAGGAACCACUUGUUCCUUUCAGCGCCGUAUACUUUUUCAUUAAAGGACAGUAGGAGCGGUUCGAUCCUGCUCAGACAGCGGAAUCUGUACAGUACAUCAGAACGACAUCAAAGGGCUCAAACACAAGCUGAAUUUUUACCUGACGUUCGCCUGCCGUUUCCUUUUCUAUCACCACCGCCCACAGCAUCUAUAUGAGAAAAAAAAAGAUAUACAGUAUAUAGCUAUUUUAUCAAAAGGGUUCUUGUCAGCCAUGUUUACAGCAUUGUACAUCAUUCGUCCUUCUCCACCAACCCCGAAGCUUUCUACUUAUGCACACGGGGACAGAGGACCUGCAGCGUCUGCGACCGCUGGCGCUCGACAUCUGUUCUAAAAAGGUUUCGCCGUGAUGGUGUGCUUCAUGUGAUCAUAAACGUGUACUAAACACAUGGUUGCCAGAAGGACAUGAGCCGCGGAGGAUGUGGAAAACACUCCAGUUAUUGACCUCUGGUGUGGUUCAGAGCCAAGGGAUUUUCCAUUACCUUUGAUGAAUCAAUAAGCUAUUUGUGAUAUGACUAAUAUCCAUUAGCGAGUUUAUCCUUUUAUAGACCGAGUCAUUGAUUAACUCAUUUUGGUGUUAAUCAUGCAUUACAUGCAAAGUUAUACGAGAAACAGUUUUCUAUUUUUGAUGUCCAGACCGUUUGUGGUAUAAACAGUAUGCAUAUGUGUAUAAGGAUACAUAUGGCCCCCGA